GUAUGUGUGUGUAUAUGUGUGUGUUGUCAUUAUUAUUAUCCAGUCUGCUCCCAGCUCAGAAUGGCCAGAUUCACUCAGACUGAGACAAGAAGGGAGCAGCACCCACAGCCGCCCCAUCCCGCUUACUCCAGCCUGCUUUUCACUGGACCCGGGGCAGCACCGACCCAACAUCCACUCCUCCUAAUCCCGCACCAGCACCAGUACGCUCAGAUCCCAUUUCCUAAACCCAUGAACGGGUCAGAAUCCAUCUCCAUUCAUCCGGAGAACGGCACCAUGAAAGACCAAGAUGCCAUAAAACUCUUUAUCGGGCAAAUACCGCGGAACCUUGAGGAAAAAGACCUGAAACCAUUAUUCGAACAGUUUGGGAAAAUCCACGAAUUGACAGUAUUAAAGGACCGAUACACCGGCAUGCACAAAGGCUGCGCGUUCCUCACCUACUGCGCCCGCGAGUCGGCCAUCAAAGCCCAGAACGCCCUCCACGAACAGAAGACACUGCCGGGGAUGACUCGACCCAUCCAGGUGAAGCCAGCUGACAGCGAGAGCCGUGGAGAAGACAGGAAGCUGUUCGUCGGAAUGCUGAACAAACAGCAGACGGAGGAGGACGUGUACCGUCUUUUUGAGCCCUACGGAGUCAUCGAGGAGUGCACUGUGCUUAGAGGUCCCGACGGAAAUAGCAAAGGCUGUGCUUUUGUAAAGUUCUCCACACAUGCUGAAGCUCAGUCCGCAAUCAGCGCUCUGCACGGCAGUCAAACCAUGCCUACUGGCUCCGAUUCUCUCCUCCCUCAGGGCGCAUCGUCCAGCCUGGUGGUCAAGUUUGCCGACACGGACAAGGAGCGCACCAUCCGCCGCAUGCAGCAGAUGGUGGGCCAGUUUGGCAUCUUCAACCCUGCCAUCGCCCUGCCCUUCAGCACCUACAGCACCUACGCACAUGCGCUGAUGCAACAGCAGGCGGCCCUCAUGGCUGCCAGUCACGGAGGAUACCUGGCGCCCAGCGUGGCCUUUCCCACCACCCAGAUCCACCAGAUGGGGGCGCUCAAUAUCAACAGCCUGCCGCCCACCCCCAUGACCCCGGUGUCGGGUGAGUUUCAUCAGACACUGGCAGGCCUCAGCUCACCGCCUGCCAACAUCACUACAUCAGCCGUCCCCAGCAUUGUCACUCCUAUCGUCAACGGCUUUACCAGCAUCCCUCACCAGCCCAACGGUCACCCUGCAGUGGAGGCCGUGUACACCAAUGGUCUGCCCCCAUACUCCACCCAAAGCCCCACGGCUGCAGACACCCUACAGCAGGCCUUCACUGGGGUGCAGCAAUAUACAGAUCUAUCAGAUAUCAGAGAACAUCCCUUGUAUUUAUACACCAUCUACCCAGCUACCACACUGACCCCUAUUGGCCAAAGCUUGCCACAGCCACCACAAGUCAUUCAGCAGCAGCAGCAGAGAGAAGGUGAGGGACCAGAGGGUUGCAACCUCUUCAUCUAUCAUCUACCACAAGAGUUUGGUGACAAUGAGCUUAUGCAGAUGUUCCUUCCAUUCGGUACAGUCAUCUCCUCAAAGGUCUUCAUGGACAGAGCCACCAACCAGAGCAAGUGUUUCGGCUUUGUGAGCUUUGAUAACCCUGCAAGUGCACAAGCUGCAAUCCAGGCUAUGAAUGGCUUUCAGAUUGGCAUGAAGAGGUUGAAAGUGCAGUUAAAACGGCCGAAGGACGCAAGCCGCCCAUACUGACAGGGCCCAACACAUACUGGGCUCUCAGCAACAGCACAGGAUUUGAAGAGAUUCGCAGGAUUUGAAUUCAAAAGGAAUUUAACUUUUUCUUUCAAAACAAACAAGAAUGGAUUUUUUUGAAGACAUAUCAGUAUUUAUUUUCCGAAGAUGUUCAGUACAGUGGAGGGUUGCGGGUGAACCGACACCAGUGGACAAAACCACACUCGGCACAGCACGGCAAGAAAGACAAGAGGAAAGAUCUCUCUAAAGACAGAGAACUCGACACGUCCUGUCUCUCGCUGAGCUUCGAACCGUCAGUCAAGCAACAAACUAAAAAAAAAAGAAAAAAGAAAAAAGAAAAAAACACGAGCGAGAACAACUUCGAUUUCUAUAUACAUAUUAUACACACAUAUGCUAUUUAAAGGAAGAGGCGCUUAUGGCUUUUAUUACACUGGACAAAUGAGGGUUAAACUUGAAGACCAAGGAAAAAUGCAGUGGAAAAAAAGAAGCUCUUCUUGUCCCGCUAGUGGACUUUCUUUCUCUUUCCCUCUUUACUUCUGUCACCAUCUUUCAGCAAACGCAGGACAUUCUGUGGUCACAGAGGUUUCCAUGCCCUCAGUGAAACUGAUAAAUCUUUCACCCCAAAGGGACCAAAGGACCAAACAUUUUUAUUCCUCAACAGAAAUAUAUGGUAUUAAUAACAAUACUAAAACUACAAACUACUACUAACGACAUACUUUUAAAGAGAAAAAAAAAAAAAAAA